GGACCCUUCUGGUUUAUGGGAUUGUCUUUUUCCCUUUUUCCCCUUAGGAACGGCGUGAAUGUUGAGGGGGCGACACACAAGCAGGUGGUGGACCUGAUCCGAGCAGGCGAGAAGGAAUUGAUCUUGACAGUGUUAUCUGUACCUCCUCACGAGGCAGAUAACCUAGACCCCAGUGACGACUCGUUGGGACAAUCUUUUUAUGAUUACACAGAAAAGCAAGCAGUGCCCAUAUCGGUCCCCACAUACAAACAUGUGGAGCAGAAUGGUGAGAAAUUUGUGGUAUACAAUGUUUACAUGGCAGGGAGGCAGCUGUGUUCUAAGCGGUACCGGGAGUUUGCCAUCCUACACCAGAACCUAAAGAGAGAGUUUGCCAACUUCACAUUUCCCCGACUUCCAGGAAAGUGGCCAUUCUCUUUAUCAGAACAGCAGUUAGAUGCCCGACGCCGGGGAUUAGAAGAGUAUCUAGAAAAAGUUUGUUCAAUACGAGUCAUUGGUGAGAGUGACAUCAUGCAGGAAUUCCUGUCAGAAUCAGAUGAGAACUAUAAUGGCGUAUCUGAUGUAGAGCUCAGGGUAGCACUACCAGAUGGAACAACAGUUACAGUUAGAGUGAAAAAGAACAGCACGACAGACCAAGUAUAUCAGGCUAUUGCAGCAAAGGUUGGCAUGGACAGUACAACAGUGAAUUACUUUGCCUUAUUUGAAGUGAUCAAUCAUUCCUUCGUACGUAAGCUGGCACCUAAUGAAUUUCCUCAUAAACUGUAUGUCCAGAAUUACACAUCAGCUGUGCCAGGCACCUGCCUGACUAUUCGAAAAUGGCUUUUUACAACAGAAGAAGAAAUCCUCUUAAAUGACAAUGACCUUGCUGUUACCUACUUCUUUCAUCAGGCUGUUGAUGAUGUGAAGAAAGGUUACAUCAAGGCCGAAGAGAAGUCUUACCAAUUACAGAAGCUGUAUGAACAAAGGAAAAUGGUCAUGUACCUCAACAUGCUAAGGACUUGUGAGGGCUACAAUGAAAUCAUCUUCCCCCACUGUGCCUGUGAUUCCAGGAGGAAGGGGCACGUUAUCACAGCCAUCAGCAUCACGCACUUUAAGCUGCACGCCUGCACUGAGGAGGGACAGCUGGAGAACCAGGUCAUCGCGUUUGAGUGGAGUGAGAUGCAGCGGUGGGACACCGAUGAGGAAGGGAUGGCCUUCUGUUUUGAAUAUGCACGAGGAGAGAAGAAGCCCCGAUGGGUUAAAAUCUUCACACCUUAUUUCAAUUACAUGCAUGAAUGCUUCGAGAGGGUGUUCUGCGAGCUCAAGUGGAGAAAAGAGAAUAUUUUCCAGAUGGCGAGGUCACAGCAGAGGGAUGUGGCCACCUAGCCUUUCCUUGUCCCUUUCCCUUCUUCUCGCCUUCAUCCUCUUAUCCCUUACAUCUUCCGUGUCAGACAGCAUAACCAUUAACACAAAAGGAAAGCUAAAGGAAAACAGUCGUUAUGUUCAGAUCCCCUAAACUAGAUAUUAUUAAUAACUCCCUCGAAUUGAGCUGGUGGAGGACAGCAGAUUGGCUAGCACCAUAAGUCCACUGAGAUAAGGCAGAAAAGGAAAUAAGCCCAGCAACUCGCCAGAGGUGUCUGUCUCUCACCUGGGCCGCAUACCAACAGACUCUCCUUGUACUAUAUUUUGAAAACUGGAACUAUGAACUUCAUCCAUUUGCACUGUUCAGACAUAUAUAUGUAUGUAUGUAAAAAGUUAUAUAUACACAAAUUAGCUGCACGUAUAUACAUAUAUAUAUUUCUUUUUAAAUUUCAUAUUGAUGGCAGUACCUUUUUUAGCUUGUGUUUUUACACACCUUUCACUAGAAUUCAUGACCUCUCUCUUGCUCUCUUUAUUUUGAAACAAACUUUAAAAAGGAAAAAAAAAUUACAGGGAAAAUACCUCUCCUCAUGAAGGACUCGAAAAGUUUACAACCUGCUUGGGUUUUUUCCCCCUUUUUUUGUACUGAAUGCAGUUUCUGGCUCUUGGGUUGCCGUCGAGUCUGAGGAGCAAGGAGCGUAGCGUCUUUAUCUUUCAAGAGGGCUCUGGGAGGAGAAUCAGGUGUGUUUCUCACGGGCACAGGGCUGCGAUCUGCAGAGAGAGUCUGAAGACCUGGUGUGGUCUCUUGAUUUCCAGGCAGUUUCCUGGUCCAUCUCUCCCGCUCAUGGCUUCUGGCCAGCUCUGUGUCUCCUUCCCGCUUCCUGGGGGCCCCUGCUGUGCUUCUCCUCCGCUGCCCAGAGCAGAGGUGAGCGUGGGCUCGGGAGGUUGAUACCGCAGGAACCUGAAACACUUCGUGGUAGUAACUGCUGAUCUUGGCUUUUCUGCAGCAGGGGUGGCAUUAGGGGCCAAAGGUAAAGCUAAUACCUUAGGCAUAAAGGUUGGGUUUGCAGAGGGAAAAGAAAGGAAGCAGUGUUCUGUGUACGGAAGGCUUUACCUACUCCGUUCCUGAACAGUAAGCACCCGUAACUGUUACCCUCUCUGUGACAUCCUUUAACAGCAGCACUGGGGAGGGACCUACCAGUAUCUUCAAGACCUUAGGGAAACUUAGACUAGUCUGUGGUCUGUGCCAACUAAGCCAUAGCCCUGUUCAAGCCAGUGGAGGACCCAGGAAUGGGUGGGGUAUGAUCAGUUUAGCUGCACCUCCACCUGGGUAAAAGGAGACUGAAGGAAACCUUUGUGCUCCUCAGCGAGUUGCCCCUCUGACCUUGCAGUUAGACCUUUGGAGACCUACAAGCUACAUCCCAGGGUCAGAGGCCAGGGUGAUGCGUCAGGCAACGUCCCCAGCCCCUGAGCUCUGUACCCAUUACAUAAGGGCACCAGGUCAGGCUCAGGUGCAGCAGAUCUUUGACUGUCUUGGGGGUGGGGUCUGCCUUUCCUCUUCUAAAGAGAAACCUCCACAGGGUGGCAUCCUCUGCCUUGUCGAGUUGGGAGGCAGGCAGAAUUCAUGUUGGGGUGGUUUGAAGUUUUCUUUUGUAACUUGUUACGCAGAUCAAUAUGCGGCCAUUUUUCUUUGUUUCUCAUGGUUAUCCUAGUGGCCCUGGGCCCGCAGGGAGGUGUGGCAUCGUAUAAAACAUCCUAUCCUCCCCACUUCUCCAAAGCAGGAAGAAUCACAGGUUUCAAAACACCAGAGUGCUGAAUGCUUAACAUUGAAGAGGGUAAUCCCUGCUUUGAAGACUUUAUUUAAUAUGGGAUCAACUUCUUCUUUUGGCUUAAAUGAAUUUAAUAAUGAGCCAAAGGCCCUUAAAAAAGAAGUUAUGUUGAUUUCUCGCUCCAAGAUGCUGAAGUGGCUUUUGUGGCUUUUGGCACCAGCUUCGUUCAGACUAUAAAAACAGCAGCAGUGAGUCCGGAGCCUGCAUGGCGGCCCGAGGGCUGGCCGCUAGAUACGAGACACAAGGACUCGGAGGCCCCUAGAGUGGUGCGUGGUGCUCGUCCUCUUCCUGCACUGCAUCCCCUGGUGUCCGGAGGGUGGGUGAGGGACCCUGUUGGCAGGACCUGCUUCGGACUGGCUUCCCGAGGCCACCCCACUAGCGGCACCCAGCCGCGGCAGGGUGGAGGCCUUACAGGGUGGUGCCUUCUCCCGUCUCACUCCAGCUUCCAGCAGGGGCAGAGGUCGCUGUAGCCGUGGGUCCCCAGGGUCGGCUCUUCUGUGCGUGAAGCAGCGUCGGGUGUGACUCCACUUCCCCUCACCGUGUACUUUGUUUCUCUGUCCCUACUACUCUUCUUCGUCCUGGCUUCUGCCCAGGGAGACAUCUACCCAGUCUUCCUUUACAGCUUGACUGAAAAAGAGGGCUUCUGGUUUCCCACUAUCGACCCCCCCGCCCCACGCACUGGAUUUCUGUCCUUGGGGCAGAAGCUUAGAGUUUCUGUGGAACAAGAGAAAAUUGAGGCCCUGAGAAACCUGCCCCUGCAGAAAGCUUCCCUUGGGCCAUACUUUGAGCUCUCUGCUUUUUAUGCUUUUACCUGAUUCUCUAUCUUUCUGCCCUGCCCUUGCCCUAGGCAUAAGCUCUAUACUGGUACAGAUAAGUGUGUGCUCAGGGUGGCUCUAGGCCUGGACAGAGCUUUCCGUGAGGAGUUAGAUAAAUAUUCCAGUGUCCUCAUGCUGGCCCAUUUCGUUUCAUCCUUUAGUUACCUGGGCCGUAGCUUUGGGUUUUCUCUCGUAGCCCCAAACCCAGUGCUUGGAGCAGCUGGACAGGGCCCUGACGGGGUGUGACAGACCUCUGCGCCAUCUCGAAUUUACCAUGGGCCUGGCUCCUCACAGGAGCUGCGUGCUAGGUGGCCUGAAGGGCCACUGUGCCCUCGCUCUCUCUCACUGUCUGGCGGGACUGUCGUAGCAGGAGACCCCGGCGUGCUGCUCAUCCUCCACCAGCUUCACUGGGUCCCGCAGGCUUCCUUUCAGAGGGCCGUGCCUGCGGCUGAUUACUACCCAGGGCGGGAAGGAGGGAGCGCAGGCAGCGGGAGGCUUCCGUGGACGUCUUCGCGUCGCACCUGCUGCUCUCUUCCCCGCCCUGGGCAUAGCUUGCCGGUGCAGCCGCCGUUCGCUGGUCAGCGGUAACCUCGGGUGUCUUGGAAGUGAGGGCUCUGGGGAGGAGCAGACCUGAAGCGGAAGUGAGGGGCGAGGCCCUCGGCCAACCGCCAGCCUCCGAUGCCGGUUCCUACCACGCCCCUUCUGAGCUGGUCAGCUGGGCUUCGGGUUUUCCCAGGUCAUGCACACUUUUAAUUUAUUUGAGAGAAACUCUAAUUGUAUUUUCACUGCGGUAUCUUGUAUUUUUUAUUUGUGAUUUAAGAAAUGUGAAGAGAAAAUACACAGACAUGUAAUGGCUAACAGUGUUUCUUUCAUUCCUUGUUCUAGAGCUAACCACUCUAAAACUGUUUGGUAAAGUCACUUAGUGUAAUUAAUUGUAACAUAUUCUUUUAAAUAAAUUGAUUUAUUGAUGAAACAA